ACAGGGCAAUAUAAGGACAGGGGAAGCCUCCAUCCAUCACUAGCUGGAGGAGAUGGAAUGAAGAGUCAACAGCAUCUUCAUCAGCAGAAUUUGUUGUCAAGCCCUCAGCAUGCCAUCCUCUCGUCUAGUCUUAUUGUCUCUCCUUGUGGUUCUGAUGGCCAUGCUGACCUCCAGCGCCAGAACCACACGCUGGCCCAGACCUCAAAGCACCAAGAAGCCCCCUCGAGCUGGAAGCGGAGGUGGAGGAUUUAGGCGGACAACCACCACUACCAUGUCCCCUUCCAGUAUGCACACAGAUGAGACAACUGAGGUCAUGAUGGAUGCCUACUCCCUGUCCCCUACAGAUAGCACCACCUACUCCAGUGACACUUACCCCACUGAUUUCCCCACUGAUGCCAUAGCACCCCCAGGUAACAGCCCUGGAAACUUCACCCUCGACUACAACGAAUGCUUCUUCAACUCCUGUGAGUGCUGUCCUCCUGAGCGAGGCCCUGCAGGGCCUAUGGGAGAGAGAGGGUUACCAGGACCACCAGGAGAGAGGGGCCCUCUUGGGUUACCAGGAGGUAAGGGGGAAACAGGGCACCGAGGACCUCCAGGACCAGCAGGACUACCUGGAGCCAAUGGACUCAUUGGCGACAUAGGUGAUAAAGGAGCUCAAGGACCAAUGGGUGUCCCUGGUACCCCUGGGAUCCCAGGAAAACCAGGAGAGAGGGGUGAUCCGGGCCCCAGAGGAGAGAAAGGUGAACGUGGCUUCAGUGGUCUGAAAGGGGACCCGGGAGAAAAAGGAGAGCCUGGCCUGAAUGGGACCAAGGGCAGCACCGGGCGAGAGGGGCCUAUGGGUCCCCCUGGGGUAGCUGGAACAAAGGGUCAGAAAGGGGAACAGGGAUUCUCAGGCGAGCGUUUACCAGGCGAGAAAGGGGAUGUAGGUGAGCGUGGGCCCCCUGGUCCAAGGGGUGGGUUGGGGCCCGCAGGCGUUAAUGGAACUAACGGUGCAAAAGGUGCAAGAGGGGAACCCGGACCCCCUGGAGGGAAGGGGGAAACUGGUGCAAGAGGACCUCCAGGACCUCCAGGAGGGAGGGGGAUGGUGGGGCAGAGGGGGGAGAGGGGGCCUAAAGGAGGGCGUGGGCCUCGGGGCCCUAAAGGUUCGCCAGGGGAGAGUGUGGAGCAGGUUCGCUCUGCGUUCAGUGUCGGCUUGUUCCCCAGCAGGUCCUUCCCUCCACCCAGCCUGCCUGUGAAGUUUGACAAGGUUUUUUAUAAUGGGGAGGGGCACUGGGACCCCGUUCUUAGUAAGUUCAAUGUCACCUACCCAGGGGUCUACUUAUUCAGCUACCACAUCACCGUACGAAACCGGCCUGUACGUGCUGCCCUAGUGGUGAAUGGGAUACGGAAGUUGCGGACUCGGGACUCCCUGUACGGCCAGGACAUCGAUCAGGCAUCGAACCUGGCACUGCUGCAGCUAAACGAAGGCGACCAGAUAUGGCUCGAGACGCUCAGAGACUGGAAUGGGGUGUACUCCAGCAACGAGGACGACAGCACCUUUUCUGGCUUCCUGCUUUAUCCAGACUUAAAGAACAAACCUCCUGCUGUGGAAAACAUGUAACUGUAGCUCUUAUUGUAAUUUCCUUAAGCCUGUUGCACUGCUCUGCCAGAUUAAUGUGAUACAGCUCAUUUCUGCUGGCUAGUGUCAUGCUUGUCACACCAAACAUUCUGCUUUCCUUGCUGUAUUUGUAGAUGGAUGAGGCCAU